AAAACUAAUUUAAUUAAAACUAAACUGAUAUCCAGAUUAAACAUAUUUAAUGUUUUCUUAUUAAAAAUAACAAAACUAAUAAUUACAUUCUUGCACGGAUUAUUACCUAGUAUAUAUAUGUGAGUAUAUAUAUGUGAGUCUGAAUUAGUACACAUCAAACAGAAAAUUACGCUUAAUUAGAAAUUUGUUCAUUUUGCUAGAUUUGUAUUCAAGAACAGAUGCAUUAAUUAAUAUCGUACGGUUAAAUCAGCCCUGUAACAACAAAGAAAUAUCGUACGGUUUGUGAAAGAAAUCAAUCGCUGGAACAGAAGGUACAACUCGGAGAUCGUUAGAUGUUCCAGCAACGUACAUUCCGUAUGUCUCGAUUUCUUCCCCUCUCCGGUCACUUGUGUUAAACGGAUAUAGACAUAGAGUGAAGGAGUUUGUGUAGGUUUGGUUAAUACCAAGCCUUUUUUCGAAAUAGAGAAAAUAUCAUUUCGAUCAUCAUUAUUACAUUGUCUAGUAUACGAAUUACUAGACUUUGUCUAGUUUGUGUAGUGAACUUUAAAAAAAAAAAAAAUUUGAAACACGAUAGGAACAAGUGAACAACAUAUGGAAUAGUAACAAAGAGUGAAAAUGUUUUUUCAAAAUUAAAGGCAAGCCCAAAAAUGCGAAUCUGGAAUAGAGAGGGAAAAUAAGACAUGGAUUUCACAAGUUUAUGCUAAACUAUACGAAUUGGGUUGUUUCAGAGGCCGUCAUAUAGGAGAAUCCAUAGGCCCGACGCUACCAUACGGUGUACAUUGUACUAAACGCAUACACGCACAUAAUAAUGUGAAAAAGAUGCGGGAAGGAGACAUUGUCAUCUUUAGCUUUCGUCAAAGUGGUGACACGUGAAGCUUGUCAGAAUCCACUACUCCACGUGCCCUUUUAGUUGUACCCGUCUUCCGCUAUCCAUAAUCACUAAAUUGUUAAUAUUGACAUCAAAACCUGAUUAUCAACUUUUGUUGUUGUGUGCGUCAUAAUAUUGACAUCAAAACCUGAUUAAACAACAAAAUUGACCUUUGAAAAUUAAAUUAUCGUAGGGCUUCUGCAUCAAUCAAUAAAUCUUUCGUAGAAUAACUUGUGAAUAAAGAGUAAGAAAAGAGAAUGAAAAUAGUAUCAUUUCACUUGUUAAAUUGUUAAAACCAAUCUGGAUGGCAUUGGUAUUAUCAAAUUGUCUGGUCAUCGUCGACCAAGAAAAUAUGGUCAUCACAAGCUGUCAAAGACGGUUUUCCCGAGCAGUUAGCACUGCACUGUCUAUUUAAGAUUCGAUUUAAAUGUCUAAUAAAAUACGAAUAAGGAGUAGUAUAUAACUUUGGCUGUACUUUUUGUUAGUAUGUUACAGUAAUCAUUUUGUUGGCUGGUCGCUCAUCACGUUAUUAUUCCUCUUUACUCUUACUUCAUUUGUUUUUUUCCACAUCAACAUGAAUGAAGAAACGCAUUAGACAGAAUACAAACUAUAAUUAAUAACACUAAAUUCACCUGUUUUGUCAUAACCAGUGUUGUUUUAACUCACACAAGCAAAAUGCUAGAAAAAAUAACUAUAUACCAAUCUUACAACCAUUUUUAACCAGCAGUCUCCUCUCUCUCUCUCUCCAAAUCCAAAUUCACACAAGCCUUAAGUUAUUUUCUCCGCCGUUCUACACCGUCAAUGUGGCGGCCGUGGCGCAAAUCGUCGGUUAAGACGCACAAAACAUACUCUCCCACCGCCUCUUUCUCCUUCAAAGACGUCCACCAGGACCACCACCUCUGCACAGACGACUCCUCUUCUCUCCCUUCUUCUCCCUCUCUUUCCAGAGUUCUUCACCGAGUCUGCACUGCCAACUUGAUCCUCCGCUCCUGGCCAACUCCUCCCUCUAACCACCUCCUCCGCGCAGACUCCGAGCCUGUCACUCUACGGCGGAAUCACGAACCAGAUGUUAUACGGAUCUCCAUCCCCGGCGCGGAGAGCAGCAUCGUCGUCUACUUCACCAGCCUCCGCGUCGUUCGUCCCACGUUCGAGGACUGCCGAGCAGUCACGACGAUCCUCCGCACCUUCCCGGUGCGAAUCGACGAGAGAGAUCUCUCAAUGGACGCGUCUUACGCGGCGGAGCUGGAGCGGAUCUUCCUCGGCGGGAGGAAAGAUAUUCCGAAGCUGCCGCGCGUGUUUAUCGGCGGACGUUACGUAGGUGGAGCGGAGGAGGUGAUACAGCUUCACGAGACCGGGGAGCUGAAGAAGCUCGUACGAGAGUUGCCGAGGGUUGAGCGAGGGGUUUGUGAGAUGUGCGGCGGUUAUAGGUUCGUACCGUGCAACGACUGUCACGGUAGUCAUAAGGUGUAUACGGAGAAGUUAGGGUUUAGAACAUGCUCGACGUGCAACGAGAAUGGUCUCGUCAGGUGUUCGUCUUGUUCGUAUUCGCGUCACAGGCCUAGUUCCUAGAUUUUUUUUUUUGUUAUAAUUCUAUAGGGAAAUUGGAAUAUUUAAAAAUAUUUGUUUUAUCUGUUUUGGAAGUUUCCAUAUUUGUAAAGUUCGAAAUGGGAAGUGGUAGCUUUCGGCUUGUCUUUAGAUAGUUAGAUUCGUGUUAUAAGGGCCUGACUGGUUCAAACGCAGCGGUUGCGGUUGCGGUUGCGGCUGCGGGCGUUUGCAGAUGCGGGUGGUUGCGGGUUUUAGCUGUUUUAAGAGAU